CCGGCGGCGCGGAGCGGAGCGGAGCGGAGCGGGCGGUGGUGCGGGCUGCGGUUCCACCAGCAGCGGCGGCUCCGCGGGGCCGCGCCGGUGAGCGCCGCCGGGCGGGGAACGGGGCGCCGGGCUCCGUGCGCGGCUGCGGCCGCUGACCCGCCCCCCACCUCUCCCCGCAGGUCUCGGCCACCCCGGACUCCCCCCGGCUCUGCCCGUCCCUCCGCCUCCCUUCCCCCACCCGCUUUUUGUUAUUUUGUUUUUGUUGUUUUUUUCCCCUCCCGUUUCUCCCCGCAACGUCGCCCCCCGCCGCCCCCCCCCGCAGCAAGAUGGUGCAGAAGAAAUCAGAGAUCCCCGGGUUCCACCGAUCCUUCAAGGGACAAAACCCCUUCGACCUGGAGUUCGACCAGUCCAGCCACCUGGAGCCCGUCUUCAACUUCGAGUGCCCGCCCCGUCCUGACAUGCCUUCAAGUCAACCCAUCGAUAUCCCCGAUGCCAAGAAAAGAAACAAGAAGAAGAAGCGCUGCAGAGCCACCGACAGCUUCUCGGGCAGAUUUGAAGACGUUUACCAGCUGCAGGAGGAGGUGCUGGGAGAAGGGGCCCAUGCCAGAGUCCAGUCCUGCGUGAACCUCAUCACCAACAAGGAGUACGCGGUGAAGAUCAUCGAGAAGCGCCUGGGUCACAUCCGCAGCAGGGUGUUCCGGGAGGUGGAGAUGCUGUACCAGUGCCAGGGACACAGGAACGUCCUGGAGCUGAUCGAGUUCUUUGAGGAGGAGGAGAGGUUUUACCUGGUGUUCGAGAAGAUGAGAGGAGGCUCCAUCCUGACCCACAUCCACCGGAGACGCCACUUCAACGAGCUGGAGGCCAGCGUGGUGGUGCGGGACAUCGCCAGCGCCCUGCACUUCUUGCACAACAAAGGAAUUGCACACAGGGAUCUAAAACCAGAAAAUAUCCUGUGCGAGAGCCCCGACCAGGUCUCCCCAGUGAAGAUCUGCGACUUUGACCUGGGAAGUGGCAUCAAACUCAAUGGCGACUGCUCCCCAAUUUCCACCCCGGAGCUGCUCACCCCGUGCGGCUCCGCUGAGUACAUGGCCCCGGAGGUGGUGGAAGCCUUCAACGAGGAGGCGUCCAUCUAUGACAAGCGCUGCGACCUGUGGAGCCUGGGCGUCAUCCUGUACAUCAUGCUCAGCGGGUACCCCCCCUUUGUGGGCCACUGCGGCUCCGACUGCGGCUGGGACCGGGGCGAGGCGUGUCACACCUGCCAGAACAUGCUGUUCGAGAGUAUCCAGGAGGGGAAGUACGAGUUUCCCGACAAGGACUGGGCGCACAUCUCCUUCGGAGCCAAAGACCUCAUUUCCAAGCUGCUGGUGAGAGACGCCAAGAAGCGGCUGAGCGCGGCGCAGGUCCUGGAGCACCCCUGGGUGCAGGGGUGCGCCCCGGAUAACACGCUGCCGACCCCCAUCAUCCUGCAGAGGAACAGCAGUGCCAAAGAGCUCACCUCCUUCGCCGCUGAGGCCAUCGCCGUCAACCGGCAGCUGACGCAGCGUGACGAGGAUGAGGAGGAGGAGGCGGAGGAGGAAGCACGACCCAUCAUCAUCAAAGCUACCUCACGGGCCAUGCAGCUCUCCCCCCCCUCCGAGUCCAAGCUGGCCAAGCGGCGGCAGAAGAGCAGCCUGGCCAAGGCGGUGGCCGCCGGGCAGCACCUGGUGGCCCCGCUGGUCCUGGUGGCCGACCAAGCCUGAGCUGUGCCCUCGCACCUGCUGGACCCACCGCCCCCUCCUCCUUCUUUCGCUCUUUCCCCCGUCCCCCGAGAGCCCCCGGUUUCUGGCUGGAGACAAGAUCAGGACUCGUCCCUGUGGCUGGUUUCCAAGGUUUUGCUGAUCUUGUAGGUCUGGGGGUGGGAGGGUUUGUUUAAGGUAGUUUUUUUUUUUAAGGUAUUAAAUGGAGCAUGAGGCCGCUCCACCCAGGGCACACUCGAGGACAUCGGACAGACACACGGACUUUUGUUUCCUGACUCUUGGUUUCUGCUCUGACGUUUUCCCCCUCCCUGACACCAAAGGACUCUUUGUAUCUGCGGCUGCUUUGACAAUUUCAGCUCAUUUCAUACUGUGAACAAAGGACCCUCGCUCGCGUUUGCAACAACGGGAGCCGCGUUUUAACCUCCUCCCUCCCGUGGAGCUGCGGGUCUUUCUCUGAUGUUGGGGUAGAUCCCGCAAAAGCCCCUUCCCGGGGGUCCGGAGGCACCUCCCGGGUGCAGGGAGCCCCUCCGUCCCACGUUCGGGGGUGUCCCCGGCUGCGCUUUGGGGGCCCCGGGGGGCGCUGUGCAGGGAACUGCUCGGGCGGGGGGUGCCGGUGCCAGCGAGGAGCAGCGCCCCGUCCCACCCCCUCCCCUUGCCCGCCCGCUCCAGAAUAAGCUAUUCACCCCUUUUUCUUAACUAUUAUUGUUGGUUUUAAACUGCCAGCUGUGCUUCUCUCCAGGGCACAGAGAAACGUCUUCCUUCCCUCCCGCGCUCCGGCCGGCGGCUCCGGGAUAAGGUCAGAGCCGGGGGGUGCACAAGCGCGGGGGCCAUGGGGUUGCACUGGCCCAGGUGUUGCACCCCUGUUUUUUAGGGGGGUCACCAGCGUCUGCACCCUCACCCCUCAGGGAGGGCUGAGGUCUCUGGGGUGGCCGGAGCACCCAAAAAGUUCCUUUGGGAAUAGCGGGGUGCUCUGUGGAAAGGGAACAACCCCCCGUGAGGAGUCGGGAGCUGUAGAACGGUGGUGGCUUCGGGCUGGCCCCGGGGCUGGCGGCAGGAGAGUUUGGGGGUGCCGGGGGUGCCAGGGGUAAGCAGCCGGGCUGGUGGCAGCGCCCAGGGACGCAGCGUGGGGAAGCACCCUGGGCGUGGGGGUGAAGGUUUGGGGACAGGCAGUGCAUGGUGUGACGGGUGUCUGGGUGUGAUGUUCAUGCGUCCGUGUUCACGCGUGUGCCCGUGCCCGUUCUCGGCGCCGGCUUUGGGAAGGGAGCGAGCGCGGGGAGGAUCCGGGAUGCUGAAUCGCGACGAGGCUCUUGGCUGGUUUCUGCCGUGGAUCUGGGCAAGUGGUGCCUCGCCCCCAAAACACUCCCCGCACCCCGCAAACCUCCACUCCCCCCUGCGGGUGGUGCCACCCGCUGCCGUCCCCGUGUCCCCCCUGCGUUAGUGAUCUCCUGUCCCUGCCAGCUCCAUGCCGUGGCUCUAUCGCUGGACAAAGCAGCCUCGGCGCGUGGUGCGCGCGGUGCGGCUUUGGAGCCCUGAGGCUCAGGACUCACUGUCUCCGAAAAAGAAGUUCUCUUUAAUUUUUGCGACUGCUGCCAGCAAUACUAUGCAAUGUGUGUUGGGUUGUUUCAGGGAGCUGUGUGAGCGGCCUCGGGAGAUGACGAUCUCGGCUGUUGCUGGAGCUUGGGGCAGGGACUGUGUUUUCUCCCCCUUCCCGGCCCUUCUGAGCUCGUGGGUGGGUUGGGGAGGGCGGCUCCCCCAAAACCACCUUGUGCUUGUGAUCCGCCCUCCCCGGGUCCCCGGCCCAGUGCGGGGGGAGCAGCAGCAGGGACCCCCCCGCAGGCGCCUCCACACCCCGCAGAGGGCGCCUUCAGAGGAAAAAACAAGCAAACACAUCCAUCUUGAUUGUACGUUGUUACUUUUUAGAGCUUAUUCUGUUUUAUCAGUUGUAGAUAAUUCCUUGUUGUCUUAUAUUAAGAAAUACUUGAAUGACGUACAGUACGCGAUGCCUUGAGCUGGUGUUGUGGACGCUGUUGACGCUGCACGCCGCAGCCUUUUGUUUUCAAACAGAACCAUGGGAAGGGACGGCGGGGGGGACGUCUCUGAAAUUGUUUUGUCCCCCCCGCGCUUCUGUUGGCAAGUGGAGUUUCUCCCUUUUCCCAUGCCUAAGACCGGUCUCCAUGUCUGUCUGAAGCACGCAGUUGUGAAGGCCGGCGUGCGGCCGGUGCGGAGCGGGACGUUGUCACCGUGGCUGUCGGUACCGGGGGAUGGAGGCGCCACCCGGGCUCUUUGCGGGGUGUUCGGCCCAGGCUUGGCUUUGCGUUUCGGCUUGGGGGGUUUGCUUUGACCAUGGGACGGGCGCUCCGGAGCGGGGCUGAGUGUUUUGGUGGAGCUUGAGGUGCUCCAGAGCGGGGCUGAGUGCUUCAGGGGAGUCUGGACUGCUCUGGAGGGGGGGUCAGCCCCGAAACGCCGCAGCCCCGCGUGGGCACCCAUGGUGGCGCGGGACGUGCCGGUGGCGCGGGACGUGCUGGUUCCGGCUCGGUCCCCACUCCCGGGGGUUUCCAGACAGAUGCUCCCGACCCGCAGCCACGCGGGGCAGCGCCCGGCCCAGCCCCCUCGCCAGCGCCCUUCGUCCUCUUCCUCUCUCGGGCCUUUCUCCCCAUAGAGUGUCUGCUGGGAAAACAACUUCAAAAAAAUGUUGUGUUUUUUUUUUUUAAAGCUGGGAAUUUUAAGUGUUUUGGCUCCCCCUCCCCCCGGCCGCCGAACUCGACUCAGAGCUGGUUGGAGCGUUGGCGGUGGAGCUGACCUCCCUUCGCCGAGCAGGAGCAGCUUCCUCCGCCGCGCAGCCGCGGGCGCCUGCCAGAGCCGGUUCCGGGAGCCGCGUCGGGGGGUUUGUGCAACAGCGGCCUCUGCUCGGGCUGGAAACAACCCUGGAAAAACAAAAAACCACAAAAAAGAACAAAAAAAGAGAAAACCACACAAAAACAAGCACUUUACUGUAUGUACCAGGUGAACUGAUACAGCUGAGUUGAAGUUUUCCUUUAUAACAAUUGUUGAUGCCAGAAUUUUGUAUUCUGUUUUGUAAGAAUUUAAUAAAAAUGCAUUGAGA